UGACCAUCGUGGCCGGUGCGUACGUUAUAAAGGUCUUUGGUAAAAAUGAAGGGCGUGCUUCUUUUCGUCCCUCUUUUCUGUUUACGACGAACGCGUCGCCGGUCGACCCGCCAUGUCUGAAUAUCCACGCUGGAUGUCGCCCCCGCCGACUUACGAUGCCACGACCGUGACGACCGCGAACGCCCUGAAGCCCUACCUCGAGCUCCCCCACCUCCUCUCGCUCACAUGGCUCGCGUACCCCAUCCUUUCCCUUCUUUUCGUUGCCUUCCGGCUUGCCAUAUCCUCCUCGUCUAUGCAGGACUCGGUUGACAGUGCGAAGGCCAACAUGAUCGCCAGCUGCAAGGCCGCGCAGAACGCUGCCACGUCGUCGGCCAGCCUCCCCCGCUACAUGGCCAUGGGCAGCAACGAGCUGUUCGCGGACUCGGUCAAUGCCACCAUGAACGCCGCUCGUGCCACUAUGGUCCUCGCGCUGACGAUCAUGGAGGCGAUCAUCAACUUCAUAAUUGAUAUCUACCGUUCCACGUUGCUCUGCUUCGUCGAGCUCAUCAUCCGUGGCGGUAUAUCGCUGCUUAUAAGUGCGGCAGAUGAGGUCAAGGAGUUCGUUGAAAACAUCGCAGACGGCAUUGCCGACACCAUCCAGAGUGCUAUCAACGGUGCCAACUCGGCCUUCCAGACUGCCAUCGACGGUAUCAAUGCUAUCAAUCCCUUCGACGACAUCUCUGCCCCACAAAUCGACAUGCCGGACCUUUCCUCCCUCACGAACCUCAACCUCCCCACCACGUUCCAGGACGCACUCACGAGCCUGAACAACACAGUGCCAACGUUUGACGAGAUCAAGGACGCCAUCGAGGAAGUAAUUAACACACCGUUCGAGCUCCUCAAGGCGGACAUCAACGACACGUUCGCUGGGUUGCACUUCAACUCGUCGCUGAUGAAGCUGCCGGAGACCAACACCGUCCGCUUCUGCGACGACCUCGACACGUCUGUCGUCGACGAUUUGGGGCAGGACAUCAUCAAGGCCACCAAAAUUGGCAUUGUCAUCAUCAUUGUCAUUGCCCUCUGCCUUGUUGGCCUGAACUGCUUCCUCGUCUGGUACAAGUGGCGCAGCCAGAUUCAGCAUCUCGACUCCACUCGCCAGGCGUGGAUCUCCGAUCCCGUCCUAUACCAGUCGAAGCCCGCGACUGGCAGCAGUGGCGCCCCGAACGUCGAGCUUACGGACCACAACAUGCUCAUGCUGCAAGCGGCAGGGCAGCAUCCGAUCUUGACGCGCAUGGCAAACAACACAGCGCGCCGGCUUCGCCUGGGUCCGACCAAGACGACGAACCUGACGUGGUUCCUGCACUACAUCUUCCACGCGCCCGCGCUCGCCUGCUUCCUGAUCGGCUUCGUCGGCCUGCUGUCCGUCCAGAUCCAGCUCAUCGCGCUCGACCCGCUCGUCGACCAGUACAACGAGCGCGCGGCGGCCUCCGCGGACACGCUCUCCAACAACAUCGCGACGCAGAUCAACGGGAGCAUGUACAACCAGUCCGCGCAGUAUGCUGCAGACGUGAACGCACAGAUCGCGGAGAUGCAGCAGCAUAUCGACGGCGGGGUCUUCGGCUGGCUGAACACCACGACCGUCACGCUGAACGAUACACUCGUCAAGUUCUACGACACCGUCGAGGACGCGAUCGAGGGCGUCUUCAACAACACGCCGCUCGAGCAGCCAGUGCAGGAGUUCGUGUUUUGUCUGCUCGGUAGCAAGAUCGUUGCUAUCGAGAACGCGCUCACGUUCUUGCACGACAACAUCCAGGUCGAGCUGCCCACGCUGAACGAGACCGUCCUCGUCCUCAGUCCCGACGGCGUCAAGGAGGUCUCGCGCCCUAUCUCUGCCGCCGCGCUUGGCGGUGGCGAUGGCGGCGACGGCGAGGAUGACAACGGCAUCGUCGACAAGCUUGUCCGUGCGUACACUGAGUCCCUCAAGAAGGAGCGCAUCAUGUUCGCUAUCUUCGUUGGGCUCUGGGGUGUUGUCGUCCUGAUGGGGCUCAUCAUCAUCUGGUGGCACUCGUAUGGCAAGGCGAUGUGGGCGAAUCGCAAGAACCAUCGCGCUCGUUCGCCGCCUGACGAGGGUCCUUCCGGCGGUAACGCGUGGUUCUGGACUGCGUGGUUCGCCCGCGCGAGGGACGCUCGCGAGCGCAAGCGAUGGGAGUGCGAACAGAGGGCGGGCAUCAACGGCUUGGUCGUGCCUUUCCGCGAGGGUCCUUCUGCGGAUGCGCCUGCCUCACAGCAGCAGCAACACCAGAACUUGACCGUUGCGCACGACUUGCCAUCCUUCACCCCACUGCCAUCUCCCCGACCUUCGCCUUGGACUCCUUGGUCUCUCGGGCGUUCAUCGAGGUCGGAGAAGGAAAGGGGAGCCGCACCCUCCGAAGUGGGCGAGAAGGAGAAGCCUGAGUCUAGCGCUUUGAAGCUGCAGGCGGUGCCGACGAGGAAUCAGGACGACGAUGACGACUCCGAGGAGAGUGUUAGCAAGCCUGGCAUCUUCGCUCGCCUCUUUGGGCGAGGGCGUACGCAGUCGGACGAGUCUCCUUCGCCUACUCGUGGCAAGCCCAACCUUCGCAUCUCGGUUGGCCGUGCCAUGGCAGGGACGACGCGUCCUGUCGCGGAGGUCGAGCAGAUGCCCGCGGUAACGGAGCAGGACGCCUCCCCCGAGGAGCGCUCGCGGUGGUCGGUUUCGCCUACAACCACCCGUAGGCAGACACCAUGGGUGAACAUUAUCAGCCCGACGACGCGCGCCUCGACCCUCCACUCCCGCAGCUCUAGCGAAGAAAGCACGCAGACGCAGAGUCGCUUGCCGCCGCCGAUGCACCCUGCUCGCGGAGCCAUUGCCCGCACCUUCCCCCGUCUGUCUUCGAUGAGGGCUGCUGCAAAGGAGGGUGAGGCACUCGCGCCGCAUCCUACGAAGAACCCUCGGGUCUCGGUGCCGGCGGACGUCAACGAGGACUUUUACACGGCAGAUUCGCUGGAAAGGCCGCUUGAUAUGGGCUCUCACCAUCGUCCGGCGCCGUUCCCUGCACCUCUGCACCAUGGUUUCGAGCAGCCUCAGCAGCAGCAGUACUUGACUGUUGACCGUGCGCGUCCACCAAGACCUGCUGGUCCUCCUCCUUCCAGGUCCAUCAGCAGCAGCAACGGGAGCAAGGAGACCUCGUCCACGUCCUUGACGCCGACGACACGUCUGUUGACGACUGUCCCCGCGCGGUCAUCCUCGACACUACUUAACCCCUUCGCGGACGCACAGCCCAGUCCCGCGGUCUCUGACGCUUCGUCCGCAGGGAUUGCAGGCGUUGGCGCUGGUGGCAAGAGCCCGGUCAACCCUUUCGUGACGCCCUUCGACGACGAGCACCAGGUCACGAUUCUGCCGGCGGAAUCGCGAAAGAGCAUGAAGACGAACCCUUUCCAGCCCGUGGUCAUGUGAACACUGAACAGUGGCACCGCGCUUCCAGCUACCGUCCUUUCACGCACUCUACCCCUUCACUUGCAUACACACCCACAUUGACGACUCUUCCACGAACAUUUCUUCCUCCCUGACGUCUCUGUAGCAUAUUCUGGGCUCCUCGAUGGCGUCUCUUAAUCGUGUUUCUUGGUUUCCUGUUCGGUUUGCUGCAUAACUAUUAAUGACGGUCUCGAAUAGCUGUAUUUUUACCCAUAGAACUACUCGCACGCUCUUACUCUGGCGGUAGAGCUCAUGCUGUAGCGUAGUAAUGACAACGCAACAUUGCAUCC